AUGUCCUCUAUAAAAAACGAAAGCGCACCUCCUUCUCGUUCAAAUUCCAUUCCACCAUACAUAUCUGACUCGGAACCCGAAUCGGUUUCACUUUCGCCACCACGAGAAGAUGGAAGCCGUCAUGAUGAGCGCGAGUUCAUCAGUGGGUAUACUCGUUCUUUGUAUCGAGAUGGACGGGGAUAUAGAGGUUCUUAUGGCCAUGGUCGAGUUGAACGACCGGGUGGAGACGAUGAUGAGGACGAGAAUGAGGAUGAUGAUGGUGUGAAUGAAUAUGGCGAUAGAGAGGAUGAUGGCGAAGAGAGAGAUGACAAUGAGGAAGAGGAAAACGAGAACGAAGAUCCGGACCUGGAAAUCAAAAACGAAGAUUCACCAGAACCAGAACUCGAAAUCUCAAUCGAAAUCGAAGAUAAUCAAAUGAACGUUCCCCAUACUCAACAAAUCCUACUCUCAGACAUGGAAGGUUCAGAAGACGAACUCGACUCCGAUAGAAACUCCACUACCGCAUCUGAAGAUUGGCGCAACAUGAACUUUAACCAAGACGAUGAAAUUUCUACUCCUGCUCUUCCAACCGACGAGGAUAUCAUGGCUGCAGCUGAAGAGGAACUCCAAAAGCAGAUAUAUAAAGCUGUUCAAGAGGAGAAAAUUCGUCAAGAUAUGGCGGCUGCCAAUCAUAGACCUACUCCUGAUCCGAGUCCCACUAUUCGAUUUUUCGCCAUCGGAGCAGAUAUGUGCGAGGAAUUUAUGGAAACUAUAUGUCCGGAUGCCAAAUUACUUGGAAUAGGUAGAUUGGAUGGAUGGAUGUUUUGUGUUGAUGAGAAGGUUGAGGGAGUGUGUUGUUAUCGAAAUAUCGCACCGGAUUCGGACUUGAAGAAAGAGGAAGCAGAAGCAGAAUAUAAUACUAUUGAUAAAGUCGUCUAUGGAUUGAUAUGGGAAGUUCAUGAGAAUACUCUUUACACACUUCUUGAGCUGGAUAAGAAGGGACGGGAACCACAAUUUGGAAUGGCCCGUGUGGAUGUUGUGAGAUUGGAAUGCAAAGGUUUGGGACGCGCGUUUGGGAUGGGGUGGGGGUUGAAGAGGGGAUUGAAGGAGGUGGGGAUGGAGAGGGAUGUGGUGGUUUUUACGGGAAUACCGGGGGGCAUGGGAUUGGGAGAGGGAUAUAAUGAGGGGGUUAAUAGAGGGAUUGUGGAGGGCUGCAUGAGGGGGAUUCCGGACGAGUGGGUGGAGAGUGAUGUGAGGAUUUGGGUGCAGUAUCCUUAUGUUCCGGUACCGAUGAAGUAG